AUGAAGAUGAUCCGUGGUCUCGCCAUAUUUUUCCUGCUCCUCUUUUUACUCGCCGACUCGUCGGAGGCCGUCCAAUGGCUGUCGGUCGGCCUCUCCUCGUCCAACAUUGGCAACCGCAGCGCCGGGUCGUUUUGUAAAGAAUUAAAGGGCCUCAACAAGCGGCAGAUGCGGUUUUGCCGCAAGAACGUCGGGUUGAUGGACUCGGUGCGGAGGGGGGCGCAGAGCUCGUACACCGAAUGCCAAUAUCAGUUCCACAAAAGGCGGUGGAACUGUACUCUAAUCGAUCCUCUGACCCAUAAAGUUAUCGGUGAUGUCCUCCUGGCCGAGGGCACCCGUGAGAGCGCAUUUGUACAUGCGAUAUCGGCGGCUGGUGUCUCUUACAGAGUCACCCGUGACUGCGCCAAGGGCCUCAACGAAGGCUGUGGCUGCGAUCAGACACGACAUGAAAUUCCGGAACUAUCGACGGAAAGCGUUCACACCAUCGUUCCUAGGGACAGCGCCAAGCAGGAGUUUGUCAGCGAGGGAUGCUCGGACAACGUGAAGUACGGCAACCUCAUCUCCAGAGAGUUUGUCGAUGCCGCGGAUAAGGCGCACGGGAAAGCGAAAUCCAACUCAUCCGCCCAAGCCGAGCAGACCGUCGUCAAUCUGCAUAACAAUCGUGCUGGCCGGGAGGCGCUCGGAGCUUCGCUGCGUCGGGAAUGCAAAUGCCACGGCAUCAGCGGAUCUUGCGAGAUCAAAACUUGCUGGGACGCGCUGCCAUCUUUCCGAGAAAUCGGCGCCACGAUCAAAGACAAAUUCGAUGGAGCGACGGCCGUUCAGAUCGUAAUGGAAGGGGAUAAGCCUCGAAUCCAGGGCAAGAACAACCAAUACCGUCGUCACACGAACGCCGAUUUGGUUUUCACCUCCGAUUCGCCGGAUUACUGCCUGCCAAAUCCGAGUCUCGGGAUUUUGGGAACGAAGGGCCGAGAAUGUAACGCGACCAGUUACGGAACUGAUGGCUGCGAAUUGCUAUGCUGCGGCCGUGGCUACGAACGCGAAGUAAAAGUUGUCCAAGAAAAGUGCAACUGUAAGUUCGUCUACUGCUGCAAGGUCGUCUGCGAGCAGUGCACACGGUCUAUCGAAAGACACUAUUGUCUU